AUGAAAAGCCAAGCCAAACACGGCUUUUUCCUCUCUUAUCCAUGGAUAACCCUAUUCCUCGCAGCAGCCAUAACCAGCCAAAGCCAAAGAGGCAAGGCAAUGGAUCAUGAUUCUUUGAGUGACACUGACAACGUGAGGGCCAAUUGGACGCCACCACAAGAUCAGUAUUUUGUUGAGCUUUUGGUGGAGCAAGUGCAAAGGAGGAACAAAACUGGUCAUGCAUUUAAACAACAGGCGUGGGUGGAUAUGAUAACUCUAUUUAAUUCCAAGUUUGGUUUUAAAUAUGAUAUUGAUGUUCUGAAAAACCGAUUCAAACGAAUGAGGAAGCAAUAUAAUGAGAUGAAGAUUCUUCUUGAUCAAAGUGGAUUUAAGUGGGAUGAAGAAGUGCAGAUGGUAAAAGCUGAUAACAAUAAGUGGGAUGAGUAUCUCAAGGCCCACCCAGAUAUGCAAUCAUACAGAACAAAAGUUGUGCCAUAUUACAGAGAGUUGUGCAUGAUAUGUGGGCAUAUAGUUGCUGAUGGAAGAUACAGUCUUUCAUGUUUUGAUGUAGACUUUGAGAAUGAAGAGAAAGGAGCAGAUGAUAAAACUCCCAGCAGUUGUGAUCGCUCAAAAAUUGACUGGACACCAACAAUGGACCGAUACUUCCUUGAGCUCAUGCUGGAUCAGGUGCAUAAAGGGAAUAAAGUUGGCUGUACCUUGAAGAAAAAGGCAUGGGUGAGCAUGAUCACAUUGUUUAAUGCAAAAUUUGGAUUGCAGCAUGGUAGAGCUGUCUUGAAAAAUCGCUAUAAGAUCUUGAGGAGCCAGUAUGCUAGUAUAAAGACUCUGCUUACUGAAAAAGGGUUUCACUGGCAUGGAACCCAAAAAAUGGUGAUAGCUGAUGAUUGUGUCUGGAAUAAAUAUGUUAAGGAACAUCCUGAAUUUAGAAGAUUCAAAAACAAAUCAAUGCCAUGUUAUGAUAUUAUGUGCAUCAUAUGCCGCAAUGAAUCUACUCCUGCAGAAAAAAGAAUUCUGCAAUGCAAUAUGAGUAGCAAGAAUGGGACCCCUGCUAAGGAUAUCGGUGGAAGAUCAAAGCCAACUAUUAACAUCAAGGUGGCUAAAAAGGUGCAUGAUAAAGUCUCAGCUCCAAUUGUUGGUAGUAAAUUACAGGAACAACAAAAGAAGCACCAAUCUCAGAUGCCAAGAACUUCACAUCAACCUAAAAGGGCCAGAAGUGAAGAAGAUGGUAUGGCUAAUGCGCUACGAGAGAUGGCGUUUGUGGUUACCUCGAUCAAAAGGAAGAAAGGGAAUGAAAAUGCGCCAACAAAUAGAGUAAUUGAGGAACUCCAGGCCAUACCAGGCAUUGAUGAUGAUUUGUUACUAGACGCAUGUGACUUUUUGGAGGAUGAUAGAAGGGCAAGGAUGUUCCUAGCGUUAGACGCCUCCCUAAGAAAGAAGUGGUUGAUGAGAAAGCUUCGUCCACAGUAACGAAAUGGUAACAUUUGUUGAUGAAGGUGUAGGAUUUAUGUAUUCUUUUACUCAGCAAAGAGUUGAGCAUAUAAGUUUAUCAACCCCCUAAUAGGGUGGCUGAACUUGUGGGAAUCAUACUAGUUUAAGCAACCAGCAGGUGUCAGAUAAGGAUCCUGCAUUUUAAGCUCUGUUUGAUGGUUUAAUCAUCUAGAUGGAAGCUACUAAUAGUUUGAAUACAUUGAGCCCACUUAUAUUAAUCUUAAGAUAUUGUUUUGGGCUUGAUACUAAUAUAACCAUUUCUUGAAAUUCUAAGGUUUUGAUUCCUUCUUCUUCUUCU